AUGGAUAUUUUUCUUGUGUGGAACAUGAGGUUGAAGUGUCCCACUCGAGAAGUAGUGUGCCACUGCAAUCCCCAGGUCCUCCUUUUCCUCGUUGUGGCCACAGCUCCGGCCAUGGCGAUGAGCUUCUUGUCCACCGCUAACACAUCGUUCGUGCCCUUCCGCCGCCUCUCCCGCCACAAGCCCACCGCCGCCCCCUCGCUCCCGUUCCCCAUCAAUCGCUGCCGCUCACCCUCCUGCUCCCUUCUCCCUUCCCAGCGCCGGCGCCUCUUCUCUUCCAAGACCCCCACCACCAACCUCCUCUCAUCAAUCACGGCCGCCACGAGAACCCUGCUCUUCCUUCUCGUCGCCUCCAUCCUCUCCCUCUCCGGCGUCCGGCGCCCCCUCCCGUCACUCGCCGCCCCUCCCCCACCCACGCAGCAACCGCAAGACGACACCAAGGGACAGCAAGAAGAAGAACCCGACCAAGGGGAUCAGGAAGAGGAGGACGAGGCGGAGUGGUUUCGGAAGGAGGAGGAGGAGGUGGAGGCGGCCUGGAUGCAGCCAAGCGACGACGAGGAGGAGGAAGAGGACGACGACGAGGUCCAGAUGUACCUGGAGGUCCUGAGCGAGGACCCGGGCGACGUGGACGCGCUCAAGUGCGUGCUCUUCGCCAGGAUGCGGCGCAAGGACUGGGGCGGCGCGCUGCGCUACGCGGCGCAGCUGCGGGAGGCCGAGCCCGGCGAGGUGGAGUGGCGGCUCAUGGAGGCGCUGCUGCACGAGCUCAAGGGGGACAUCGCCACCGCCGAGCGGCUCUUCCAGGAGGUCCUCGCGGAGAAGCCCCUCCUCGUCCGGGCUCUCCAUGGACUCGCAUUGUGCAUGCAUAAAAGACUCGAAGGACCAACUGUUUUUGAGAUGCUGGAGAAAGCUUUGCAACUCGUAGUAUCCGAGGAAAGGGUCCCAGAAGAGCGCAACAUAAAGCUUCUGAUUGCACAGAUGCAUGUUGUCAAGGGUGACCUGGAUGUUGCAUCAGAGAAAUUGAGAACUCUUAUUAAUGAGGAUCCAAGGGACUUUCGGCCUCAUCUUUGCCAGGGCAUUGUAUAUGCACUUUUGGACAAAAAGGAAGAAGCAGACGAGCAAUUUGAUGUGUACAGAAGCCUUGUGCCGGACGAGUUCCCGGACAAGAGUUUUAUCAAUGAUGUUAUACUAUUGGCCAAAGUGGAGUCAAAAGAUCGGCUACAGAAGGACUUUAGAUCAGAGUACCUAUCUAAAAAGUGA